CCCACCCUACCCACCCCCCACCCCUUAAUUCCCCAAUUAUCUUCUUUUCUUCUCCCUCAAAUUAUGCAAAAACCAUGCCUCACAAACCAAAUUUUAUCACCAAGUUGCAAUUAUUAUAUAAACAAACCAAAGCAUCUAUUUUCUUAUUAUAUAAAUUAUAGGAAAAACUCAUCCAUUUUCUUAUAAUUAACAUUCUUUCCCUCCAAAACAGAGGAUGAUUCAACUUGAAGCCAAUUUUUUAGUUUCAUGAGAAACACAAAAAGAUUAAACCCUCUACCCUCACAUUAAUAUCAUAUAUUGUUGCACAAAAUGCAUCCUCCAAUCACCUACAUUCUCCUGUUCUGCCUUUUAACCUCUCUCCUAUCUGUCAUCAAGGCCACUCUUAAUCUUUCUCUUCCUUAUCAACACCCUAAUCCUGAAGUUGUUGUUCAAGAAGUUCAUAGGAGAAUAAAUGUAUCUAUCCAACAUAGAAGAGCAAUGCUCGACAUCGGUGGCGGUUGUAUCACCGGAAACCCGAUCGACGAUUGCUGGAAAUGCGACCCGAAUUGGGGUACCGACCGCCAACGCCUAGCCGACUGCGGCAUCGGCUUCGGGCGGUACGCGUUAGGCGGCAAAGGAGGGCAGUACUACGUGGUAACCGACUCCUCCGACCACGACACCGUGAACCCAACCCCAGGCACCCUCCGCCACGCCGUCUUACAAACCGAACCAUUAUGGAUCGUUUUCGCUUCGAGCAUGCUGAUCAAACUCAAACACGAGCUAAUCAUCAACAGCUUCAAGACCAUAGACGGUCGCGGGGUCAACGUGGACAUCACCGGAGGCGGGUGCAUCACCAUCCAAUAUGUUACUAAUGUUAUUAUCCAUAAUAUUCGUAUCUUCAACUGUAAACCGUCCGGUAACGCCAUGAUCCGAUCUAGUCCGACCCAUGUUGGCCGGAGAGGGUUAUCGGACGGUGACGGAAUAUCGAUUUCCGGGUCAAGAAACAUAUGGAUUGAUCACUGUUCUUUAUCUCAUUGUACGGAUGGUUUGAUUGAUGCAAUUUUGGGAUCAACGGCUAUUACAAUUUCAAACAAUUAUUUUACGUAUCAUAAUGAAGUUAUGCUUAUGGGUCAUGAUGAUGCAUAUUUGCCGGAUAAAGGAAUGCAGGUUACGUUUGCAUUUAAUCAUUAUGGGAAGGGUUUGGUGCAAAGAAUGCCGAGGUGUAGACAUGGGUAUUUUCAUGUAGUGAACAACGAUUUUACUGAAUGGAAGAUGUAUGCGAUUGGUGGGAGUGCGAAUCCCACGAUUAAUAGUCAGGGUAACCGUUAUAUAGCGCCACCCGAUCCUAAUGCAAAGGAGGUUACAAAGCGUGUGGAUGCAAAUGAGAAGAAUUGGGUAGGGUGGAAUUGGAGGACCGAAGGAGACUUGAUGGAAAAUGGUGCGUUCUUUGUGCCAUCCGGUGAAGACCUAAACGCUAUGUAUGCAAAGGCGACUAGUGUUGAUCCUAAAUCGGCCUUCCUUGUAGAUCAACUAACGAUGAACGCAGGUGUCUUUGGUGCGCCUAGGGAUGAUGUUGGGACCGUGUCAUUCGGUAACGGCCCGAUCACCACAGGAGGUGGUGAAGGCAGGAAUACUGGCAACCAUGAUGACGAUGACUACUUUGGAAUUACGUUUGGUAGCGGCACGAGCGCAAAAUUAGCACCGCCCACCACUCUCUUUUCGAUUUCACUAAUUUUCUUAGUUUUGUACUUUAACAUCGUCACCAUCAACGGUGGUCGUUUCUUUAUGUUAUUAUUGUAGUAAUAGAUUUGGACAAUUGAGUACAAAAGGAGAAAAAAAGAAAGAAAAAGAAUUAUAUAUGGUCGACUUCUUUUGGUUG